GCUGGGAGCGGUGCGCUCCGAGUCCGCUGGCCGGCCGAGGUCCUGUUGCUGCGCUCGGAAGCCCCCGCGCCCGGAAGCCCCCACGCUCGGUCCCGAGAUGUCCGCCAGCAAGCGGGUGGCGAAGGAGCUGGAGAGUCUCCAGGCAAAGCUUCCCCAGUACCUACGGAACCUGUUCAGCCAUGAUGCCGAUGUCCUGGUGUGGCACGCCCUCCUCCUGCCUGAGAAGCCACCCUACAACCUCAAGGCUUUCCACCUGCGCAUCAACUUCCCUGAGGACUAUCCGUUCAAGCCCCCUACGGUGACAUUCACCACCAGGAUCUACCACCCCAAUGUGGGCCACAAUGGAGAGGUUUGCCUGCCCAUCAUCAGCAAGGAGAACUGGAGUCCUUACACCAAGACCUGCCAAGUCUUGGAGGCCCUCAACGUGCUGGUGAACAGACCAGACCUGGGGCAGCCGGUCCGGUUGGAGCUCGCAGACCUACUGAAGCAAGAUCCGGAGCUGUUCCACAGGGAGGCCAGGGAGUUCACCCUCAAGUAUGGAGUCGACCGGCCCUCCUAACUGGUUCUGACCCCUCUCUUUGCCGGAUCCUCUCUGUGUGACGGGCGGACAUUUCAUGGAAGCUGUGGGGGGCUGGGGCGGGGGGGGGGGGUGCAGCUGGAGCCUCCUCUCAUUUGUUCCAUGUUUUCCUUCUUAGGUAGCUAGUCAUUAGCCUGUGUGUGUGUGUGUGAGCGUGUGUGUGUGAGUGUGUGUGUGUGUGUGUGUGUGUGGGUGUGUGGCAUGGACCCAUUCCCACGUUCACCUGGCCACAGUGUGCUUUUCCUGCUCUUUCUCUGCCCCAGAGGCAGACGAGUUCACGUUUGUGCAAUUACAGGCCAGCUCUCCAGGGCUCCGUGGUCUCACAGACACAGGUCUCCUUCAGGCCAGCUGGCAGGAAAUGAGCCCAGGAGCCGCCUCACAUCCCCCUAGGGCCCAGGCAGAGGGGCAGGGGGGAUGUGAGGAGUAUGGAGGGGGGGCAGGGCACUUGGAGAGAAUCAUAUUUACACUUGAGUGAUUUGUUUAUUGAGUGUUUGAAGUCAGCCAGACUGCUAAUAGGUACUUCAUGUCUAGAUUUAUGUGUGAAACCUUUCCUUUUCCCCUGAUGAAUCAUGAAGUGAAGAAUCUAAUCUCUAUCCAGAAA